GAGCUAUACGUUCGGUAGAUUACUUUUUUUUUGAGUUUCACGAUAUUUAAUAGUUACCUGUGGUUAUGCCUCAGCUUACUUUUCGUUUUUUUCUUCACGUAUAGACUAGUUUCAGUUUAUAUCACUCGUUUUAUCCGUUUUUGUCCGUUUUCAGUGUGCUUUUUAGUGUUUUUCAAAGGUCUUAGGCCUUUGCAAGCAUCCAUAGCAUAGUUUGCUUCAACAUAGUCAUGAAAAGCUCAUGCAAACGUCCGGGAUGCCGUUUUGCUGUUACAACUGGCAUGCUGUGCGACAACUGCGAAGGUUGGUUCCACGAAGCAUGCACAGAUCUGACAGCAACUGCUUACAACAGACUCACCAAGUCAGACCAAAAAUGGGUAUGUGUCACGUGCAGCACGGAUGUUGUAGUCUUGCUGAGUAACAUCAUUGUCCUACUGACAGGUCUUCGGAACAAGUUGUCAGUUAACUUGGACAACGAUAGUAAAAAAACCGGUAGACAAACAAGAGCGUGCGACGGAUACAAAAAUAGGGAUUUCGACAGGUAUACCAUCGAUGGAGCAUCCAUCAACACUAAUGAUGACGUGUCGAGGCUCAGCACCAUCAUUACGUCGACGGUAUUAGACUCCCUAAGCAAACUCGGGUCUCCCAGCUUAGGGUCCCUGAACACAACAGUGGUUCUCAAAAACCCUGUAGGCAAUUCGACCCACGUUAAGAAAGCCCAAAAGAACCAGGCAUCACCGCCUAAGCCGAGUAACCCAAGUGUUGCUGUACGGAAAAUAACUGGUGAUUUGGUCGCACAGUCUACUCCAAAGACUGUUUGUCCGGUCAAUAAAGAGUCCAAGCCUCAAAAACGCACACUGACCUCCAAACAACAAGUUAUUAAACUUGAACCCAUCGUGAAACCUGGUAAAUUAACAACAGUUCGUGACGAUUCUCUCAUUAUCAUGAACCUCGUUGACAAUCCUGACCUUCCUCAGUCUGCAGGACAGAAACGACAGGAUACUCUGGGGUGA